AUUUAAGUUGGCCCUCCCUUUUUUAUAAAAUGACAUUUCGGAAUUUUGAAGUUGUCACAAAAAUACUGUCAAUUGUGGAUGUCAAUGUGCCAGUCAUUGCAGCUUGUAACGAAUUGUGAUUUCGUCUAAAAAGUGGAUAUAACUUUGAAUAAAUAAAGAACAAUAUGACUCAAAUGGAUUCUGAAAGAGAAAAGGGCCUUCAAGAAUAUCGAAAGAAACUAUUGGAACACAAGGAAGUAGAAUCGCGUUUGAAAGAAAUGCGAGAACAGCUAAAGGAUCUGACAAAACAGUAUGAUAAAUCCGAAAAUGAUUUAAAAGCCUUGCAGAGCAUGGGUCAGAUCGUAGGAGAAGUAUUAAAACAGCUAACAGAAGAAAAGUUUAUUGUUAAAGCAACAAAUGGGCCUCGUUACGUUGUGGGCUGCCGCCGCCAGUUGGACAAAUCUAAAUUAAAGGCUGGUACAAGAGUGGCUCUCGACAUGACUACUUUAACUAUCAUGCGGUACUUGCCCAGGGAAGUGGAUCCUCUCGUGUAUAAUAUGAGUCACGAAGAUCCAGGAGACGUAACUUAUUCCGCUAUCGGCGGUUUAUCGGAACAGAUCAGAGAACUAAGAGAGGUUAUCGAACUCCCUCUGCUUAAUCCUGAGUUGUUCAUGCGUGUUGGCAUUACGCCACCCAAAGGAUGUUUACUGUAUGGACCUCCGGGAACAGGCAAAACACUUUUGGCAAGAGCCGUAGCCUCUCAGUUAGACGCGAACUUCCUGAAAGUCGUUUCCAGUGCUAUCGUAGACAAAUAUAUAGGAGAAUCGGCCAGGCUUAUUAGAGAGAUGUUUAAUUAUGCCAAAGACCACCAGCCCUGCAUCAUUUUUAUGGAUGAAAUUGAUGCCAUCGGUGGUCGUCGAUUUUCCGAGGGCACUUCCGCUGACAGAGAAAUCCAGCGUACGUUGAUGGAACUGCUGAAUCAGAUGGACGGUUUCGAUUCUUUAGGACAGGUCAAAAUGAUAAUGGCUACAAACAGGCCAGACACCCUGGACCCCGCCCUCCUCCGUCCGGGCCGUUUGGAUCGUAAGAUCGAAAUUCCACUUCCUAAUGAGCAGGCCAGACUUGAAAUUCUUAAAAUCCACGCUUUGCCGAUCGCUAAGCACGGUGAAAUCGAUUACGAGGCCAUCGUGAAACUUUCCGACACUUUCAACGGAGCAGAUUUGAGGAAUGUCUGCACAGAAGCUGGACUGUUCGCGAUACGAUCUGAGAGGGAGUACGUUAUACAGGAAGAUUUUAUGAAGGCCGUUAGAAAGGUUGCAGAUAACAAGAAACUGGAGAGCAAGUUGGACUAUAAACCUGUUUAAUAAAUUUAAGUUUUAGUUAUAUCGAUGUGUUAUUUUUCGUAAAUUAAAUAAAGCUUUUUUGUGUA